AUGCAGACCAAGUCGAUCCUUGCAAUCGCUGCUUACGUCUCUGUUGUAUUCGCCUUGGCGACGCCGGUGAUCCAGACCGAGCAGACGGGCGAGCAAGCUGAAGUGGCGGUUGCCCAGAGGUCUGUUGAUUUCUUGCCUAUAUCUACGGGCGGGAACCGCAACGCGAAUGGUGGAAACGGGAACAGCGGGAACUACAACACCAACAAGGGGAGUGGGUCUAACGGGAACAUCGGCAACGGCGGCAGCGCCUAG